UGCGGGCACAUAUCGGUGCGCGAACGCAGCCGCAUCAACGGCCCGCGGCCGCGAGAGAAUUCCAUACCGUGAACGCGACUCGCUUGUUUCGAUGCCGUCAGCGCGUUGUUGGAACACUCUGUGGCUCGAUUGUAAAUUGUACUAAUUGGGCAUGGCGGUCUCCGCUGACAAAACAGUGGAUCCAUCAAUUCCCGUCCCAGUGCCCAUGUUAUACAACGUCCGCAUAAUCGACCAGUGAACUACCUGUGUUCGAUUUAACGCGAACACGACGCAUAUGAAACUAUUCGCUAGUAUUGGAUGCAUUAUGCAUAUUGCGAGUGUGUGUGUGAAGUGUUCAUAAAUAGUCAGUGCUAGAGGGGUUCAGCGUAAUGAUCUGUGUUGUAAUGGUAAACAUUUUCCUGGAUUAUGCUACAAGAUAAAGGUAUAAAGCAUUAUUUUGUUAUUCAUAUUUGGAUAUGGAUCCAAUUCUAGAAAAUGAAUCUGCGACGACCGAAUCACCGACCAAACAUGGCAAGGCGAAACAUAAGAACAAAAAGAAGAAGCAUUCGGAAGCGCAAAAUCAAACCGUUGUAGGUGAGCGAAAGAGAUUUGUUGUUACCACAUUACCCAAUACAGAAGAAAAAGUUCCUUCUAGAGUAGCUGAUAGUAAUGUACAUACGGUCCAUUUUGGCACGCGAGGUGUCGAGUCACAAAGGCCCCAUGUAAGGUCAAUAUUUAAAGAAAGGCCUGCUGAUACGUCCCGGGCAUCCAGUGCGGAGCGCCAGUCAGCACCCGAGAAAGGAUAUGAAACUUUUCAUGGCACGUCGUCUAGUCCACGGAGCUCUAUUUUUGAUAUAUUUCGUUUAAGAAGAAAAAGUGAUGCUAAGAAAUAUCCGCCGAAACAAGCCAAAACGACGGAAACCCAAGAAGCCCCUGAAAGUCAAGAUGACCAGCAAUAUGCUGACAAUAAAGAUUCCCACAAAAAGUAUUACCACACAGUUACUGGAGCUUCAUCUCGCAAGUACAGUCCCAUUACCAGAGUAAUGGAUAUUUUCCGCAGCAAGCCUCACGCAGAAAGUAGCCAGUCUCCUGCAGAUCCAGUCAAGAAGAAAAGCAACAAACAAGUUCGUCGGUCUUCUAUUGAGACGACUUCACCUACUUAUCAUAAAAAUUCAUACGCUUCUUUAGAUCCAUCGCAAGCAAAGCAAAUGUUUAGGGAAGUACGAGGCCUACCUAAAUAUGAUCCUUAUUUGUCUAUCGUCCAAAUAUCCAUAGGUGGUAGGGAUAAAACUAGGCUCUUAUUGAAUUUUUUUAAGUAUCAUAAAUGUUACGAAAUUUUACCAAAGUCUGCGAAAGUCAUUAUAUUUGAUACACAAUUUUUUGUCAGAAAGACUUUUCCCACACUUAUAUCACAUGGUAUUCGCUCUGCACCGCUUUGGGAUGCUAACAAAAAGCUUCUUGUCGGUAUGAUAACAGUGACAGAUUUUAUAAGGAUUCUUCUUUAUCUCGAUAAAGAAAAUUUAUCGGUUGAAGAUUUAGAACGCCAUACUCUUCAUACAUGGAGAAAAUUGUUACGAUCAACGCGCAAGCCUUUGUGUAGUGUUGGGCCUGAUCAGUCACUUCACGACGCCAUUAAUUUACUUCACAAGAACCGUGUCCACCGCUUGUUAAUGAUUGAUCCUUUCAAUGGAGAUGUUCUUUACAUUUUGUCACAUAAGAGAAUAUUAAGGUUUUUGUUUGUGUAUCUUAAUGAAUUUCCAGAAUUAACUUUCUUCCAUAAGACUCUAACAGAGUUAAAAAUUGGAACAUUUGAAGAUAUCGUGUCUGUUACUGACGAAACAAGUAUUAAGACGGCAUUUCAAUUGUUGUUAGAGAAAGAUGUUUCGGCUUUACCGAUAUUAGACGACAACGGUACGCUUAUUGAUGUUUAUGCAAAAUAUGAAGUGUUAAAUCUAGUAAGUGAAAAAUUAUAUUCGAAUUUGUCGUUGACCAUAGGUGAAGUAAGAAAUAAAAAGAAAGACUGGGAAGAGAAGUUACAAAAAUGUCGUUCAAGUAUUACUUUAUAUGAGGCCUUAGAAGUUAUAGUUAGAACUGAGAGUCAUCGAUUAUUGUUAGUAAAUAAAGAAGAUAAACUAGUAGGAAUUGUUUCACUGUCAGACAUAUUAGUAUAUUUAAAUAGAAUAAUUCCCACAGAGAAGAAAGUUUCUUCGCUACAAGAAAUAUUUAGGCCACUCGAAGAGAAUAAAGUAGCAGAAUCACCCAAAGAAACUGAAAAUGAGAUUAUAACAAUCGAAGUUCCAACGCUAGCACAAAAUGUACCUGAAGUCGAGGAAGGAGCUGCUGCAUUGCACGAGUCCAAUGCUACUGCUAAGGAAGAAACAACGAACGAAGCCGAGCCGAAGGAGGGCGAGGUUAGCUCGGAGGCAGAUGCAAAUAUUAAUACUUUACCAAGUAGUAACAAAUCGCACGUAGACCUUGCCAUAGAUCCAACUAUGACUACUAUCGAAGAGUCUAGUGCUAACGAAUAAGUAGAACAUUUUUAUUCCAAAGAAAUUGUGAUAGGUGAAAACGCCGAAUCGGUAUAUUAAUCUCAGCUUUUGCUUGUAUUGAUAUUGUAAUUUAACUUCAUACUCAUUAAUAGUUGCAUCAAAUACCACGUGAUUGCCUUAUUAUUUAAUUCAUGAUAACAUUGCUAAAACUUAAUAAAUUAUUUUAGCAGUAA